UAUACACGCUUCAAGUAGGAGACCAGAUGUUUCUAGAGCCCCUCAGCCGGUGAACGAUAUUUACCCAUGUUCUUGGUGAUUGGGAUCUCUGCCGGUUGAAAUCUCAGGGUUUGUGCUCUUUAUUCGACAGUUGUACACUGUAGAUCGUUGAUAUCCGACUUCGACGGAGGCUAUAGUUCUUCAUCCGUAUUCUUAUGGUGAUUCAUGCUCCCUUCAUCCUUUGGUUCUAUAAGGAUUGCUGCCCAAGCAGAGCACCAAGGAACGGAUCAUGUGAUUUACCAAGCCUGCCAUGACUUCUAGCGUGACUAUACGAACAUCUUGGUCUUGCUGAUAAUCUGACCUGGAAUCUGGAAAGUCAGGUGGUAGUGUGGUUAGAUGCUCUGGUUCAUAACUCGUUCAUGCGCUAUAGCAGUAUAGGUGUUGCUCACUGCUGGUAUUUGAAACAAAUUCACGCACAGCUUGAUUUACAAGGCUCAGCGGUUUGUGCUUUUUUGCCGUUCGAAGUCGGCGUGUCGUGGUGACCCAUCCAUCUCAGGUGGCUAGAGCUGUCAAUCGCUCCGGCGACAGCAACGGCUGCCGUUGUUAAUGUCUUUGGUGACUUCAAUUGCCACACGAUCUAGUGAAUGAAGUUCAAAAUUUUCCGAUUAGGGUUAUUUCUUGGUUUGUUUCGAGAUUGGAAGAGUAUAUUUUCCCUUUCGUUGCUGUAGGUGCUACCUUCCCUUGGGUUAUGCUCAUUGCAACUUGAUUCGGUGCAUCCUCUCAGACAUGGGGGACGACAAGACCAUUGUGGAUUUAGUACUGGAGAACAAGAAUGCCUGCAGUAGAACCCAAGUGGUUGCUGUAUUGGGCAUUGGUGCCUUUCAAUCAGUAAGAGGUUACGUCACUCUAUUUGUCUGUAGAUAUGCUUCCAUUUCCUCUAAAUCUCACUUCUUUCAAGCUCUCAAUUGAAUCCUCCUGCUCAAAGUUAGUAACCACUCUCCAGAAACCAGUUAUUGUUUCUCAAUUGUAUUCCCCUAUUUUGUUAGUUGUUUUUGUUUUCCUCUGGUCGAAAGCAUGGACUCAUAUACAAUAAGGGUUUUCUUUGAUUUUUGUUUAUUUAUUUUUCUAGCACAUCGGUUUUAAACUAAUCGUCGGUUAACUUUGUUUGGAUUACGAAAUCCAAAAGCAUAGUUUUUCUACCACUCUUACAUAAUCUUUACUUUUUUGUCGUGUGGGGCACGAGAAGAGAAGUACACCUACUCCAGUCUCCUCAUAUCACAUCUCUCACUCUCUUCUUUUUUUUCAAACUGUUCACUUGCUACACUUACUCUCACCGUGUUUCAUUCCUCUUGAAUUGUAGCAGUCCUCAUUUGCCACUAAUAGUUUUGUUUUAAUGCAAUUGAUUCAUUUAUUUUCCAUAGCUGAUUUCCUUCCCUUUGAAUCAAAAGAGAUGGAUUCAUAUCUUAAGGAGUUUGAGCUUUUUUCCACGUCGUCUUUCCACAUCUAAUAUAUACUUUUCCAUUUCCACAGGUCUGGGAUAUUACUGGUGUAAACUGCAGAAGCUGACAAACCCAAAUGGGUCCUCUCGAGUUUUUUUUGUAAGUGCUGAUGUGGGUAGGAAGGAGUGGACAUGAUGAUUAUUGUUGAAGGGACAUGGAAAUUGCCAAACAUCAAAUAUGGUUGUCUUUUUGAAGCCUGGACCGGCAAAUGAUCGUAUUUCUCAACCUGAAGUGAAGCAUUCGUCAGGGCAAUCUUCUCAUCACAAGCUAGCCGAGAUACUUGACUCAAGUCUCACAGGAGCCUCUUCAAGGUCUUGUGAACAUGUUCUCAAUGUAGUAAUGCAGUCGGUGAUGACGUUCUGGGGUUGUUGCGAGGGACAAGAUUUGUUAAGAAGGGACAGAUGGAGAAUAGACCGUCUCACUUUUGUGCUUCCUCUGCCUACUUGGUGUAUAGGACCUCCUGGUCUUGCAUCUUGCACUACAUUAUUUGUUGGGUCAAAAGCUUCUAUUUCAACUCAAUCUAUGUCAUCUAAUGAACCUGUUGUUUCUGUUGACUGGCUCCAUGCUAACCUCAAAGAGCCUGAUAUGAAGGUGCUGGAUGCAUCCUGGUACAUGACAGAUGAACAAAAGAAUCCACUUCAAGAGUAUAAGGUUGCGCACAUUCCAGGUGCCCUUUUCUUUGACGUAGAUGGAAUAUCAGACCAACCCACUAAACCCUUGGUAUUCAGAAUAAAGACGGCGUGGUUGUUUAUGAUGGAAAGGGAAUUUGCAGCGCAGCUCGAGUUCGGUGGUGAAUUUUCUUGGGGCUAAAUGGUCGCAGUUGAUGCCAUUGAAGCAGAAAUUAUUUUGUGUAAUCUUGGUUCCAAGUGUUAUAUAGCAUCAAACUCCUCCAAUGUUUAUCUGUAAUAUGUCGUGCUACAUGUGCACAAAACUAACACCAAACUCCUUCAAUGUUUAUGUCUGUAAAAGUAGGGAAAGAAAAAAGUCGAACUAAUCACUGGAGAUGCAAGACCGAGUGUUUGGCAAAUUUAAUCCAACGGGCACGAUAUUUUUGUGC